AUGGCCGUCACAGCUUCACUUUGUGGUGAUGCGAGUAUCUCUGCUGCCGAUAUUGCAAAAUUGAGAACCAACGGUAUUCAUACUGUCGGGACCCUCAUUGGCACAACCAGUCGAAAAUUGGUCAGAAUCAAGGGUUUCUCUGACAUAAAGGUUGAGAAAGUUAAGGAAGCUGCAAAGAAAGUAGCCGGCCCUAACACUGGUGGACAAUUCGUCACUGCCGCUGAGCAUGGCCACUUUCGGAAGAAGUGUAUCAGAAUUUCUACUGGUAGCAAGCAGUUAGAUGCUUGUUUGAACGGUGGCUUCCAAACCAUGAGCAUUAGUGAGGUAUUUGGAGAAUUCAGAUGUGGCAAAACUCAGUUGGCACAUACAAUGGCAGUUAUUGCCCAGCUUCCUAAGAAUAUGGGUGGGGCCGAAGGAAAAGUGGCAUAUAUCGAUACUGAAGGCACAUUUCGUCCAGAAAGAAUUGCGGAGAUUGCAGAACGAUUCGGUGUCGACCCUGAUCAAGCGCUCGAGAACAUCGUCUAUGCUCGUGCGCAGAAUACCGAGAUGCAACUAGAGUUGCUCGAAGGCCUUGCCCAAAACUUCGCCACUGAUGAAUAUCGCCUUCUGAUCAUUGAUAGUAUCAUGUCUCUAUAUCGUAGCGACUUCAUCGGACGUGGUGAAUUGUCCGAGCGACAAAGUGCCCUCAAUGCCUUUCUUCGUAGAGCAACACAAAUGGCGGAGGAAUUCAAUCUGGUUGUCUUCAUGACCAACCAAGUCAUGUCAGAUCCAGGAGCAAGUGCCCUUUUUGCCGGAGCUGAUGGACGUAAGCCUGCUGGAGGACAUAUUCUUGCACAUGCAUCGACAACCAGAAUUCUUCUUCGAAAAGGUCGUGGAGAGGAACGUGUUGCCAAAAUUGUAGAUUCCCCUGAUUGUCCGGAAUGUGAAGCAACAUAUAUUAUUACCACCGGCGGUAUCAGCGACCCUGAAAAGGCCUAA